AUAAUCAGAAACAAGUGAGACGCGGCUGCCCACGAGGGAAAACUGUGAGGCCCUAGGUCGCCGUGGCCCUCGCGGCGAUGGGCUUUGGGUGGGCUCGCCUCAUCCUGCCCCAGUUGUGAUGCAUCAGCGGCGCCCAGACGGAUUCGAUGGGUUGGGCUACCGGGGUGGUGCCCGGGACGAGCAGGGCUUUGGCGUCGCUUUCCCUGCAAGGUCCUUCAGCUCCGGGUCGGACCUAGGCCACUGGGUGACGACUCCCCCAGACAUCCCGGGCAGCCGCAACCUGCACUGGGGUGAGAAGAGCCCGCCCUACAGCUUGCCCUCCACCUCCACCCGGUACGAGGGCCCGCCGGCCGAGGAACCCUUUCCCAGCGGCGGCGGCAGCGGCGGAGCCGUGCAGGGGCAGAGCAGUGAACAGUUGAAUAGAUUUGCUGGAUUUGGUAUUGGACUUGCAAGUCUCUUCACAGAAAAUGUACUGGCCCAUCCUUGCAUUGUUCUACACCGCCAAUGUCAGGUUAAUUACCGUGCUCGGCAUUAUCAUCUCACUCCAUUUACAGUCAACAACAUUAUGUAUAGCUUCAACAAAACUCAAGGACCAAGAGCCCUAUGGAAAGGAAUGGGAAGUACAUUCAUUGUCCAAGGAGUCACACUUGGAGCUGAAGGCAUAAUUAGUGAAUUCACACCUUUGCCAAGGGAGGUUUCGCACAAAUGGAAUCCUAAACAAAUAGGUGAACACCUUCUACUGAAAGCCCUAACUUAUAUUGUGGCAAUGCCUUUUUAUUCGGCAAGUCUAAUUGAAACAGUACAGAGUGAGAUAAUUCGAGACAAUACUGGCAUUUUGGAAUGUGUUAAAGAAGGAAUCGGAAGGGUGAUAGGCUUGGGAGUGCCUCACAGCAAAGGGUUCCUUCCUCUUCUUUCCUUGAUCUUCCCUACAGUGCUGCAUGGAGUUCUCCACUACAUCAUCAGCUCAAUCAUUCAGAAGUUUGUCCUACUAAUCCUAAAGAGAAAGACUUAUAAUAGCCACCUAGCUGAGAGCAGUAGCCCUGUGCAGAGUAUGUUGGACGCUUAUUUUCCAGAACUUAUUGCUAACUUUGCUGCCAGUCUUUGCUCUGAGGUUAUACUCUUCCCGCUGGAAACAGUUUUGCACCGCCUUCACAUUCAAGGAACACGCACAAUAAUUGACAAUACAGACCUUGGCUAUGAAGUGCUUCCAAUUGAUACACAGUAUGAGGGAAUGAGAGACUGUAUCAAUACCAUAAAGCAGGAGGAAGGAGUCCUUGGUUUUUAUAAAGGGUUUGGUGCUGUUAUAAUACAGUACACACUGCAUGCAGCUGUCUUACAGAUUACCAAAAUUAUUUACUCUACACUUCUUCAAAAUAGCAUUUGAAAUUUCUAUCACUAGUUAGUCCAGAAGAUGUAAUCUGGAUAAUUUGCUAUGAAAUUAUAAAGGAUGAAAAUGAAGUACUGGGAAAAAAAUGGAGUAGAAAGUGAAACUGGUAGAAAAGGUCUCUGCAGAUUGAAUUCAUU